CCCACCUUCUUUCCCUGGCUCCUGUGCAUUCGAGGCGGGAUGGCUGGGCUUUUCCGCGGGGUCCUGGCGCUGGGCGGCCGAAGGGGGCUCCGGAGACCCCCGCCGGCCUUGCGUCGCGGCUACCGGACCGAGAGGGGCGUCUACGGCUACAAGCCCAGCCGAAAGGCCGAGGGCGGCGGGGAGCGACCGGAUCCCUCCCGGAGAGCAGUCGACCAUGGGCUAGCUCGGCUAAUAACUGCAUACCAUGAACAUGGCCACAAAGCUGCCAAAAUCAACCCUUUAUUUACUGGUCAAGCUGUGAUGGAUAUGGUACCUGAAAUCCAAGUUUUGACCGAAGAACUCCAGGGACCUUUCAACAUUGCUGGACUUUUGAACAUGGGAAAGGAGGAAGCAUCCCUUGAGGAUGUAUUGUCUUACUUGGACCAUAUAUACUGUGAACACAUGUCUAUAGAAACUAGCCAGUUGUCGACCUUGGAAGAAAGGGAAUGGAUUGCAAAGCGGUUUGAGGAGCUGAGGCAAGAAGCAUUCACUACCGAAGAGAAAAAGUACUUGUCCAAGCUCAUGCUAGAAUCCCAGGAAUUUGAUCAUUUUUUGGCCACAAAGUUUGCCACAGUUAAAAGAUAUGGUGGCGAAGGAGCGGAGAGUAUGAUGGGUUUCUUUCAUGAAUUGUUAAAGAUGUGCUCAUAUAGUGGUGUGACAAACAUUGUUCUUGGAAUGCCUCAUCGGGGCAGACUUAACCUUCUCACGGGCCUUCUUCAAUUUCCACCUGAGCUGAUGUUCCGUAAAAUGCGAGGCUUGAGUGAAUUCCCAGAAACCUCACCAGCCAUUGGAGAUGUCUUAUCACACCUAACAGCUUCAGUAGAUCUGGACUUCGGAUCUCACCGCCCUAUCCAUGUCAUCUUGUUGCCAAAUCCUUCCCAUCUAGAAGCCAUUAAUCCGGUGGCAGUUGGCAAAACAAGGGGAAGGCAACAAUCUUUGCUCGAUGGGGAUUAUUCUCCAGAAAGUUCUGCACAGCCUGGAGACAAAGUCAUCUGCCUGCAAGUUCAUGGUGAUGCUUCUUUCUCUGGUCAAGGCAUUGUUCCUGAAACAUUCACAAUUUCCAAUUUGCCACACUUUAGAAUUGGAGGAAGCAUUCAUCUCAUUGUCAACAAUCAGCUGGGCUACACCACUCCAGCAGAGCGAGGAAGGUCCUCUUUAUACUGUAGUGAUAUUGGCAAGAUCGUUGGCUGCGCAGUUAUUCACGUGAAUGGAGAUGACCCUGAAGAAGUGAUCCGGGCUGCACGAUUGGCAGUAGAAUACCAGCGCCAUUUCCGUAAGGAUGUGAUUGUGGAUUUGUUGUGCUAUCGCCAGUGGGGUCACAAUGAGUUAGAUGAACCAUUCUUCACCAAUCCUACCAUGUAUAAAAUCAUCAGGUCUCGGAAGAGUAUUCCAGAUACGUAUGCAGAACGCCUAGUAACCCAAGGACUCAUGACAGAGGAAGAGGUGUCGGAGAUAAAGACUUCCUAUUACUCUAAGCUGAAUGAGCAUCUGGCCAAUAUGACUUCGUACACCCCUCCAUCAAGCAAUCUUCAGGCUCACUGGAGUAAGAUGGUGGAGCCAUCAGCAAAGAUCACCACGUGGGAUACAGGCAUAGCGAUCCCACUCCUUCAGUUUGUUGGGGCGAAGUCUGUGGAAGUGCCAGCAGAAUUGGAGCUGCACAGUCAUAUCCUGAAGACGCAUGCCCAGUCAAGAAUACUGAAAAUGGAAGAGGCAGCGAAAUUAGACUGGGCCACAGCUGAAGCAUUAGCUUUUGGUUCUCUUCUCUGUCAAGGUUUCAAUAUUCGUCUGAGUGGGCAAGAUGUUGGCAGAGGAACUUUCAGCCAGCGGCAUGCAAUGUUGGUUUGCCAAGAGACAGGUGAAACCUACAUUCCUCUGAAUCAUAUGUCAUCAGAACAAAAGGGCUUUCUCGAGGUGAGCAAUAGCCCCCUCUCAGAAGAAGCAGUACUUGGCUUUGAAUACGGAAUGAGUAUUGAAAGUCCCAAUUUGUUGCCCAUUUGGGAGGCUCAGUUUGGUGAUUUUUUUAAUGGAGCUCAGAUAAUAUUUGAUACAUUUAUCUCUGGAGGGGAAGCAAAAUGGCUUUUGCAGAGUGGAAUCGUAAUUCUCCUUCCUCAUGGCUAUGAUGGUGCAGGACCAGAACAUUCUUCUUGCCGAAUUGAACGGUUCUUGCAGAUGUGCGACAGCUCAGAAGAGGGAGUUGAUGGUGACCAUAUCAACAUGUCUGUUGUACACCCCACAAUCCCAGCACAGUAUUUCCACUUACUCCGGAGACAGAUGAUCAGAAAUUUCCGGAAACCAUUAAUAGUUGCGGCUCCCAAAACACUGCUCAGGUUGCCUGCUGCUGCAUCAAGUUUACAAGAAAUGGCCCCAGGAACAACGUUUAGACCAGUCAUUGGUGAUUCCGUGCUGGAUCCUAAAAAUGUCAGCAGGGUAGUUCUUUGUUCUGGGAAGCAUUACUAUGCUCUGGCAAAACACCGGGAGAUGCUUGAAGAAAGGAAGCAGGAUACUGCCAUAAUCCGAGUGGAAGAGCUGUGCCCUUUCCCCUUAGAAGCUCUGCAGCAAGAAUUGCAUAAAUAUAAGAAUGCCAAAGCAUUUAUCUGGAGUCAGGAAGAGCCACAGAACAUGGGUCCCUGGACAUUUGUGUCCCCAAGAUUUGAGAAGCAAUUGGCCUUAAAGCUCCAUCUUGUGAGUAGACCAGCCUUACCAGCACCUGCAGUCGGCAUUGGAACAGUACACCAAAAGCAACAUGAAGAUCUUCUAGCCAAAACAUUUAGUUGAGACCUGUGUAUUUUUGCAAUUUUGCAGUGUUUUUUUAAAGAAAAGAUCAAGCAAAAAAAAAAUUAAGAUUGAACUUGUUUUUGAGGUGUGCUGCUUAGAAUUAUUGGACACAAUUCUGCCAGAGUUUAAGCGAUUUUUGAACCUCGUUCAGUGUAGAUUGCACAGUGGAAAUGAAUGGCACUGGAUCAUUUCAACUAAGGUUUAUUCCUAUGUAAAUGUGUUUUACAUACAAAAUUGUUUAAAGUAAAUUAAAUUAAAGUAUUAAAAUGAAA